UAUUUCGGUAUUAUAUCAAUAGGGCCAUGUUGAUCGCCUUGAUCAUUUCCAUCUUGUUUGUCUGAAAGAGGAACUUCGUCGGCAACGCACCUGACAGGAAGAGCUAGUGGCACAGUUCUGCAUUGAGGCGCCGGGAGCGGCCGGCCGCCAUGGAGGACCGCCAGAGGCGCGCCCUGCAGAGGGCCCACUCCAAACUGGUCAAGGACCUCCGGGUGGACGCAGUCACCGACCACCUGCACUCCAGGGGAGUCCUUAAUGAAGAUCACCUGGAAAUCAUCUCCUCAAAGCCGACUCGGAAGGAGCGAGUGACUGAGUUGCUGAAGCUGCUGCCCCAGCGCGGUCCCGAUGCGUUCCCGGCACUGGUGGAGGCGCUGCGACGCAACUACCGCUGGCUCGCCGACGAGCUGGAGGAGUACGUCCACGAGCUGAACGACUCUAAAUCAGAGGCUGCGCAGGCAGCUCUGGAGGAGCGUCUGCGCGCCGGCGCCGUGCCCAGCCUGCCGGCCCCGCACAUCACACGCAAACAGUGCGUCGCUGAAAUCCGACAGCAUCUGAAGGAGCUCAAGGAGAAUCAUUUCCUCGGGGUGCACGGUAUGCCCGGCAUCGGCAAGUCCGUCUGCAUGAACGAGGCACUAAGAGACACCGAGCUGCUGCCCGACCGCUUCCCGGGCGGCGUGUACUGGAUCAGCGUCGGCGACGUCGACCACGAGGCGCUGCUGAACAAGCUGCAGGCGCUGUGCGAGCGUCUGACGGAGGAUGGCUCCACUGCCGCCCAGCUGCCGCCCACCAUUGAGGUGGCGCGCGAGCGGCUGCGCAAGCUGCUCAACCGGCUGGAGCGGCCGUGCCUGUUCGUGCUGGACGAUGUGUGGAAGGCCGAGGUGCUGGCGGUGUUCGAGCUGGGCGCGUGCGUGGCGGUGACGACGCGGGACGCCGCUGUCCUCGACCGCAUGGACGGCCGCUCGGUGACAGUCGCGCUGAAGGGCGGCUUCAGCGAGAGUGAAUCGCGCGAGCUGCUGGCUACCCGUCUGGGCAUGCCUCCCGACCAGUUGCCUCCAGAGGCGGAGGUCAUCCACCGGCGCUGCCUGGGCUCGCCGAUGGUGAUCGCCCUCCUCAGUAGCUUCCUGGCUGACAAGACGGGCCGCCGCGAGUCCAGAAACCGCUGGCACAAAUGCUUGGAGAUUCUGGAGCAGGGCAAACAUGAGAAGCUGAAAACUAACAUCAUGGAAGCGAUCGAUCUCACGGUGAAAACCAUGGAUGAGCAGCACGACAAGCUGUUCGGUUCGCUGACCAUUUUCGGAGCCGACAUCGGCAUACCUUGCGAGGUUCUCGGCACCUACUGGGACAUGUCCGCCGACGACGUGGAGGAUGCCAUGAACGAUCUGGUCAACAAGUCUCUCGUCCAGGACAUGGUCGACUCCAAUACCACGCUAUACAGCAUGCACGACCUCAUAUUUGACUAUCUGGCGCACAAAUACACAUCUGAGCAGAAGGCGGAGAUGCACGGGAAGCUGGUCGAGCGCUACCUGGUCGAGUACGGCAGCGACCUGAGCCGGCUGCCCGACGACGACUACACGCUGUGGUUUAUCGGACAGCACGUGCACCGCUCGGGACAGCACCACCUGUUCCCGAGAUUCUACUUCGACCUGGGCUUUGUGGGCAACAAGCUGCGGGUGACGGGACCGAGCGACCUGCUCAGUGACUUCAGGAAGUACGGAGAGUUCCUCGACAGGGACUCAAAUGACAACAUCACCCGCCGCAUCGACUUUGAGAACUUUGUGCGCACGGCUGGCCACCGCGCGGCGGGUCUGUCCAAGGCAGACGACCCGGCGGCGGCGGCCGUGCAGCUGGCGCUCUGCCAACCGGACAGCUCAGAGGUUUACAAGGCCGCAGAGAGGAUCUGCGCCGAGUCCAGCGAUCAGCUCUUCUUCCGCUGGAGGAACAAGGAAGCGAUGCGUUGGUCGAACGUGCUGCUGACCAAGCUGUUCUCGGGCUCCGUGUGGGACGUGGUGUUCACCUACGAGGAGAACCUGGUGCUGGCCGCCUACGGAGACGGCCAUAUCAAGCUGUGGAACAUGCUGACGGGCGACGAGCACCGCUCGUUUCACGGCCACUCGGACCGCGUCAACCAGCUCACCGUCAGUCCCAGCGGCGACCGGUUCGUCUCGGCGUCCGAGGACGGCUCGCUGAAGAUCUGGGACCUGGACGCGGCCAUUAUGGAGGCGCUCGGUACUGAUGACGACCAGCUCACGGUGCAUGACGCGUCGAGCGGUCAGCGGACGCCCUCGCCGCGGAUCCGCCACUCGUCCAGCUCGGCGUUCUUCCCCGAGUCUCGGAGACCGAGCGGCCUGCCGCGCCUAGACGACAGUGUGCAGACGCUGGAGGGGCACGGCACGGCCGUAGCCUGCGUGGACUGGUCACCAGAUGGGCACUACCUGCUCUCCGGCGCCGAUAACGGUGGCGUGAAGGUGUGGGACUGUUUCGGCGAGGAGGUGCACAGCCACCCGACCGCUCACGAGAAGAACGUCACCUGCUGCUCGUUCUCACCCGACAGCAGCUACUUCGCCACCGGGUCGGCGGACGGCAAGGUGCGACUGUGGUGUACCGAGAAGGGUGACCAGCUGUACACCUUCAGCCAGCACAACCUCCGAGUCAUCUCCCUCAGUCUGAGCAAAGGAGUCAUCCCCAGCGCUCUGUUCUCGUGGCACGCGACUGCCUCGGACGGGCCACUGCGCCGGGAAGUCUGUCGCCAGGUCUCGGAUGGGCUCAGAGCCGACACAGACAACAACUCGAUCGUGUCUGUGGCCGACAAGGAGAUCUUCCUCUGGGUUUGGAACACGGACCGCCGGCCCAGCCGCGACUUCAUCCCCGUCCAGAUGGGCCGCUCGGCGGUCGACCACGACCUCUACCUGUGCUCGCGACUGAACGAAGACCAGCGCCUGCUGGUGGUGGGCACGUCGUCCAAUAUGUACGAGACCUGGGACCUGCAGGAGAAGCGUGUCAUCUCCACACAGCGCGGCUUCGCAGGGUCGGUCACCUCCCUGGUGUUCUCCCGUGACGGGAAGCAGCUGCUGGCCGGUGCCGACGACACCGUCACGACAUGCUCCCUGACCGCCACACCCAAGGUGGAGGACAGCCUGCAGCCGCUCUUCUCAGCCCGCUUCGUGUCGGCUGACCCUCAGAGCCUCGUCGUGGCGGCCAUCACGUCGAACAACGGCGUUCAGGAGCGGCGCGACGGCGAGCUCACGGUGCUUCGGGGCCUCGAGGGUAAAGUGACUAAAACCACCAAACCCGUAGGGGAGAAGAUCAUCAUCACCAAGAUCAACAAGACAGGGACGAUGGUGGCCUUUGGCUGUGAGGACGGUUCUGUGGGUGUGUACCACCUGCCGCCGGCCGGGUCGGCUACCCAGGAGGUACCCGAGCCAAACAUCCUCGGCAAACACAACGACCGGGUCAUAUCGCUCAAGUUCGGUCCGAAUGAUACGGUGGUCAGCGGCUCCGAGGACAAAACCAUGAAGGUGUGGUGGCCCGAUAACCGUAGCGUGGCGUGCGGCGGGAACGGUGGCGCCGUCACCCAGGUGGGACUGUACGAGGCGCGCGACCAUGGCCUGAUCGCAGUCUCCUGCUCCCGAGACGGCACGCUCAAGGGCUGGCGCGCUCCUGUGCAUGUGCGCCUGCCGCGCCUGCCCUCCAUCAGUACGGCCGAUUUGUCCGAGAGUUACCGCACGGUGACACGCGUGUACCGGGCGGACACAGGCAAGCCGAUAACAGCGCACCUGACCCACGCCGGGUCAACGGUCACCUGCUACCGCAUUGUGCGCGCCAACCUGCCCGACGAGAACGGGGCCACCAGCGCGGCGACCGCGGCGGCGCGCGACAAGUCGCCCUGUCCCGACGACCUGAUCGUAGUCACUGCCGGUGUGGACGGCACGGUGAAGAUGUGCCGGCUGUGUACCGGCGAUUUGAUCAAGUCGUUCAGUCUGGAGGAGUUCGGUCCGGUGCGCACGUUCCGUCUGUCUGCCGAUAACCACCUGCUCGUCACCGGGCACGACAACGGCAGUGUGGUGGUGAGCCGGACCGACCACCAAUGCAAGCCGCUGCGCCUUCAGUUCCAUCACUCGAUGGUGAACGACCUGGCCAUCCACCCGAAUGGACGGGAGAUAAUCUCACUCAGCGACAGCCUUGCGUGGUGGAGACUGGACGUAGAUGAGAACCCGGUGUCGCCCCGCGGCCGGACCCGCGCCGGCCAGUCGCCGCUGGUGGUGCCCCCCUCGCCGCGGCUAACGCUACCGGCCAAACGCUACUUCAACUACAACCGUCGCACCUCGCUGACGCCUGAGAUCCGCGCCACACUGCGCCAGGUGUUCUCGUUCCGCGGCACACUGGCCCGUCGGCUCGUCGUCUCCGAUGACUGGACCACUCUGGUCACCAUCGACGACGCGGGGGUGCUCUAUGUGCUCCAGGUCAUGUGACGCACCGGGGAGCCUAGGACGCCGCCCGGGCUGCGUGCAGAGGCGCCCGGGUGUUAGUGCGAAAGACGCACAUUAGCUAGCUGCCUGCAGCGGCGGCCGGGUGUUAUUGCGAACGACGCACGCUAGAUGGCAGCAGAGACGGCUCGCAGUGCUCAGAUCUCGCACGUUGGGGCAUUUUGUGACGACGGCUGGUGAUUCGUUUUGUGAUUGCGUCCCUAGUGAGUACUCGGCUGAGAUUUGCUCAACUGCCGCUAUACCCAUGCUGAUGAUUGACAUGAGUUCAUUGUAUCAGGUUUUCGGCCAGGCUCAUUCGUCAAGAAACGAAGGUUAAUUCUAUGCAGUUUUCUACCCUACAAUGUAAUAUCAGCUUCCGAACCAUAUCAUCGAUAUGACAAGUCUGGUGUCGUGUGAUUUCUAUUUGUCUUUUUCUGACGAUUGACUAAGAUUCGCGCAAUGGUACAAGUAUCGAUCAAGUUCAACCAUUGUGCCGUUGCUGACGAAGUCUUGCCUCGUGAUUUCGGGGAUUUAUUGAUCCGUCGAUUGGUGAUGUUCUUUGGAGCUGAACUUGACGUGUGGACUCCAUAAGUGCGCCAGUGGAUUGUCAAUGGGUAUAGGAACAUUCGGAAAAUGACAAACCUUGCCAUUGCGUGUCCUUCCGUGAUUGGUGGCGAGUGCGUCCGACUGGCUUGUUUGUGUGGAGUUGCCUGUUUGUUGUCCCACUCAGUGGUUACGCCGAGUGACGCGUGGCAGCGCUGGUGUCAGUCCUGGACUGUGUUCAGGACUUGUGGGGUAUUCUGCUAACGAUAGCAGGGUCCCGUCCGGCGCCACGGGAACGGACCGACAGUCAACCAGCGCCGCCGGUUCCAGGGAGUGUGUGUGUGAGUAUCGCUAGCGAACACCGUGGACUAGUGGCUAGGUGUUAACAAAGUGACCCAGCGGCGGUCGUGGAGCCGACACAAGGCGCCGGCCGCCCGUCUUUCCGGCAGAGUGCCUUGUGUGCAAUGGUCGGCUAGUCACAGAGGGAGCGGCCGACCGGGACGGAGGUUCCCAGCGCGACUGAGGCGGCUCGCCGCUCCGGCGGACAGUGUGAACGACCGCCCGCGGCCCGCAGUAAGGGGAUUCCAGAGUCGCGGCGAGCCCUGUGGUGUUUAUUCCAGACCGAUCCGGUUGUGCGCCCGGCUGUUCGUUGUGAGACGCUUUAUGUGAUUUCUGCUGGCGCCUGGCGCGAGCUGAUAUUUUGGUGGUCCCGUCGGACGGUAUGACUCCGGGCUAGCGGUCGAGUCCCGGGCCCGCCUGUGAAUUGUGGACGCGUGGUCCGUCCGUCUGACCUUGUUUUCUACAAUAUAUGUACUAUCUGUCA